CGUUGUUCUUCCUCAAGCCACCGCGACGUCACACCACAAGAGCCAGAAGAGACACACUCCACAGAUCACACCCGAAAGACCAAGCCACAAGCCAGGCCACAGAACCACAGCCCUCACACACAGGUCACACCGACAGGCGCAGCCCCUUCCCCAUCCACGCCAAGGCCAAGUGCUUGCAAGCAAGCAGGCCACAGUGUGCGAGGAGAAGAAGCAGAAGACCCACCCCACCUCCGUCGUCUCAUCUUCCUUUGGCAGUAACAGCGAUCGAUCCGUGGAUCCCGCAAUCGGAGACGCAGAAGAGAAAGAGCAGCGAUGGCGGAUGCCACAGCAGUGGCACUGAUGCUGUUCGUGCUUGUCACCACCUUGCACCAGUUUGCCCACGCCUACGAGAACAACUGGGACGACGCACUGAGCUUCAGGUGCUUGUCAGGGAAAGGCAUCACCUCAAUCGACUCCUACCACAGCAACAAUCGGGAGGAUCGUCGUUGGGCGUUUGAAUGCUCCCGGUAUGGCAGCGGGUACGGUAGCUCCUACGUCACCGACUACGUGAACAACUUUGACCAUUCGUUUGAUUACCUCUGCAACACCAACUACUACAUCGAGGGCGUUUAUUCCUACCACAGCAACGAGGAUCGGCGCUGGAAGUUCAGGUGUCGACGCAUCACCGGUGCCACCCUCGACUACUGCUCAAAGGGCAACUACGAGAACACGUUUGAUGACCGUCUCGAAUACACUGUCCGUGAUGGCUACGCUAUCGCUGGCUUUGCUUCGUACCAUGACAACGACAACGAAGAUCGCCGCUGGCAAAUUUACACCUGUCAGAUCAACUGUGACAGCAGCGACGGCUACGUCAGCUCCGGCACCUACGGAUGCACCCGUGUGAGCUGCGGAUCUCUCAGUCUGACACACGGCACAGUCACGGGCGAUUGCGGCGGAACAUUCGGUGACCAGUGCACGUACGAUUCAUGUGAUGAUGGUUAUGAGCUUUCUUCGUCCGGAACUGCUGGCGCACGCGAGUGUCGCAUCGUCUCAAACGAAGGCAGCUGGAGUGGUUCUCCUCGCACGUGUGACGACAUCAACGAGUGCACGACUGGCACGCACAACUGCGUCUCACCUGCAACUUGCGUCAACACGGAGGGCAGCUUCUACUGCAACUGUCCAUACGGCGACCUCGAUUCCUCUGGCACCGAGUGUGACGUUGACGGCCCUUCCGCUGUCGUCACCGAAGGCGCCACGUCCAUCAGCCUGGCCAUUUCCGAUGCGACCGCCUACCCCAAAUAUGAGAUCUCAAUUGGCCAAUGGGCACUCGACUUGUCUGGAACAACGACCCUGCCCAACUACCCCGUCACUGUCGACAGCCCUCUCACAUCCCGCACGUUCACCGGCCUCAACCCUGGCCGGCGAUUCCAGGUCACCAUCACGCCCAUCGACAACGACGACAAUCUUGUCACAGGCGUGCAGUAUGUGGGCGGCGAGUCGUCUGGCGAUAUUGCCACGCACUGCGGGUGCCUGUCAUCCGACCGCACUGGCGCCCCCUCCGACCUCGCGCUGCAGCAGUCGCUUGGUCGCGUCUUCUUCGCAUGGACCGACCAAAGCUACUGCGAGUCAGGGUUUAGCUUCUUCCGCGACAGUGUUGGCCUCUCUGCCAACUACGAUGUCACCUCUGAGGAGACGUGCGGUGGUGAGCACGCACCAACCACCGUCUACGACGACCUGACCGUGCAGCGCGACGACGUGUAUGCUGAGCUUGACGAUGGCAGCUUCUACGCCAUGCCAGAGGGGACGUUCUUCGUGCGCGUCACGUCCACCUUUGACACUGCCGGCUCCCGCUUCGCCUACCCCUCAGAGCUCGCUUCAGGUGGCCACUUCACGUCCACAAGCACGUCGUCCACGACAUCCACAUCGACGUCGACGUCAACCUCCACCUCGUCCUCUGAGGUCACAACGUCCUCAACAUCGACGUCGACAUCAACCGAGGCAACAACAGCCAGCACCACUGGCGGUGCGGAUCUCUUCACCACACCUGGUGUUGCGACCACCACCACCACCACUACGACAACCUCUUCCACAUCUUCCUUCCAGUCCACUACAACAUCGGAUACAGACGAGGUGGUUUACGCAACCGGCACCUCCACCAAGAUCACGCGUGCUUCCGAGUGCGCCACCCUGUGCAAGGAGCGAUCGGAGUGGUGCCUCGGGAUCGUCGUGCAGCGGACGACAUCAGGGCUCGUGUGCCACCAGCUCAAGCUUCUCUACUUUGCCAGUGUCAGCCAAGAUGAUGUCACUGUGGAGUCGUACGAGGCUGUGACCGUUUCCAACACAGGCGUGAGUGGCACAUACAUCCUUGACGGGUCCAAGGACGACUGCAUGCAAGCAUGCUCCGACGAUUCGGACUGCGCCAUGAUCUUUGUCGGCACCAGCUACUGUGCCACGGCGAACGCUCGCACGACGACCUCCACAAACCCGACCAGCUACCACGAGAAGGCGCUGCCCACCUACUUCCGGCGCUAUGUGGGCACGGCACCAGGCGUGUCGCGUCGCUACUGCGUCGUUGCCACCAACCCCGUCGACUACGACAGCUCCGGCUAUGCAUCAGCCUCGACCUGCAAGUACCUGACGAUCCAGUGGGAGGUGAUUGUGCGCGGGCAGGUGACAAUUGACUCUGAGGAAAUCCACCUGGCUGUGGAAGGUGUGGAGGUCAGCUUCGAGGUUGGCGGCGUCACGGGCACACGCACAACAGACGAAGACGGCUUCUUUGAGAUCCACAUCAUCACCGACCAGAUCACGUCCCUGCACGAGACGAUGACGCUCAGCUUCUCCAAGUACACGGGCAGCAUCGAGCACACCUUCUCCUGUGGCGGUAUGGCGUGCACGGAGACGACGGUUGUCGUCGAACAUCUUCGCUUCGACCACGAGGUGGACAUCCGCGACACCACAACCAUGCCCUUCUCUGGCCGCGUCACGAUCGAGGGCACGGAGCACCAGGGGUACAGCAACGGGUGUCCACUCAAGGACGUGGAGGUGUGCCUGUACGACCGCAACCAGGGCGACUAUGUUGUUGGCUGCGCCAUCACCGAUGCCCAGGGCUACUACACGGCAGAGGCCGUGCUGGGCGCCUCUGUCGGCACGUUUGUCACCUUUGGCAACUCCUCCCACACCUUUAAGCGUGUGACGUACACGGAGAACACGCCCAACGCCCCCAGCGGCUACUACAUCCGCCAGGAUCCUGUCACGUCGCAGGACGUGAGCACCCCAUACUACGACAUCACCGAAGACAAGCUGUGGGAACGCAUCGACUUCAAGGACGUGACGACAGACACGGCGACGGUGGACGUGGCGGGCGGCAAGUGCAACCUCACGCUAGGCCGCGCCACCAUCGAGUUCCGCUACGACAACUGCCCGACCUGGGUGAGAACAGAACGCACCUCGGACCGCGUCUCCAAGUGGGACCUGCCUGCCCAGAUCAUCACCGUGCGGUUUCAGCGGCUCGUGCGGGACGGCAACGUGCGUGAAGAGAUGACACGCUACUUCUCCGCCACGCUGGGCGAAUCUCGCUCAAAGUACGUCGACCUGCGUGACCCAAAGAACAUGAACAACACGCUCAAGUACGCGCGCUUCGAGUACCAUCCAGCACCGCAGCUGGACAUCUCCUUCAACUCGGAGAAGUCGCACAGCUGCUCGUACAGUGACGGCACGCCGCUGCGCGUGAUUCAGCAGAACACUCAGACCUUGGUAACCAUCAAGGUGACGGAGGACUACGGCAACAGCGUUGGCACGUGCGAUAUUGUGCCGGGCACGAUUGAGAUUGAGAACCACCUUGGUGAGUCCCCAGACACGGUGGCCGUGCUGAACGAGACAAUGCCAUCACUCACCAAUUCGCAGCUGAAGCUGCUGGAGCGGUGCUACUACCCCUGCGAGAUGCCUGUGAUCAUGGACACGACAUCCACCGCGUCCGGUGAUACGCUCUCCAACUCGCGUGCGCAGUUCAACAUCUUGACUGGGUCGCCGCAGACCAACCCAGAAGCACUGGACAGCGAUCACCCGCACACGAAGCUCUUCCGCGCCACCAUGCAGCGGCUGCCACACGACCCCGUGACAGAGUCACUGUAUGUGAUUGUGACGGGCGAUGUUGCGCAGGGCACGGGCGCGUCCAUCCCCUUUCCGCGCUACAAACCGCUGCUGGUGGUGCAGGACCCGCCUGGUGGCCUGUCCUCCGCCACUUACUCGAACACGUACGCCAACUACAAGAUUGAGAGCGACACGUACGAGGAGUAUGGUGGGUUCUUCUUUGGGCUCGAAAUCACGCCCUUCAAGGUGGAUGCCACGCUUGACCUGUGCGUGGGUCUUGGCGCUGCCAACUGCAUCAACCUGCUGACGGCAAAGUCGGAUCCUGCCACCAUCUUGGCCGAUACAACGAACCUGUUUGGCACGAAGGACGGCAACGACAACUACGACACGGAGAAAGUGUGGUCGUUCAGCCUGGACGUGACGACCAGCGAGGCCGAGGUGCUGGCUGGCGAGCGCUCCGACAUGUUCCUCGUGCCGUCGCUCAACGUCAUGUUCCUGGACACGGACAUUGUGGAGUUUGACACGGACACGUGCGACGUGACGCUGCGAACGGAGACAACGUGGUCGCUUGCGAGCGGCGAGAACGACGAGGCAAUGGCGUGGCUGUCCGCGUACGAGAUUGAGACGAAGGAACUGCCAGACCUGCGCACACGCCUCGCCAACGCCGAUGCCAACGGCGACUCGGAGGACAUGAAGGCGGAGCUGCAGAACGCCAUUGACGCGUGGGAGGAGAAUCUCGCCCGCAACACGGAGGUGCGUGACAUGGCUGCAAACGGCGAAUUGAAUGCCAUUCAGCAGCUGUGGUCGCCCGAUACCUUCAGCCUCUCUGGCAAGAACAACAUCAACGGGCAGAUGAACAAGGGCAUUGCCCUCGCCCCGCACAAGUUGAUUGAGUCUGCGUUGCAGCUGAACGACACGGCUGCCACAGACACACAGCAGACUGGGCUCAAAGCCAUCAACACGAUCAAGUUUUCUGGUGGCGGCUCUACGUACACCUUUGCCUACGACACGAGCGUGGACAAGUCGGUCACGGAUGGCACCAUGCGCGAGCACGACUUUCAGGGUGGUACCUCAGUUUCCUUCGACAUUGCGUCAUCAGGUGUCGGUGCUGAAUUUACGGUGACCCCACUCGGCAUCGGCCACUGGUUUGCGUCUCACGAAGACCAGGAAGGAUACCAAGAGGAGGAGCACGUCGAGUUCACGCUUGGCGACCCCGACCCAUUUGAUGUGUUUGAUGUGCAAGUAUUCAAGCACCCCGACUACAACACGCUCGUGUUCCACACGGCCUCUGGCCAGUCGUCAUGCCCGCACGAGGAAAACACGCUUGCGCUGGAGCAGCCUGGCAUGACCGUGCUGAAGCGCCCAGAGGCACCCGUGCUGCCCAACGAGCCCGCCGUGUUUGAGCUUGUGCUGCGCAACGAUGGUGACUACACGACGUACAUGCAGCUGUACGCGGUCAACGGACAGAACCAGGAUGGCCUGGAGAUCAGCGUGAAUGGGUGGCCGCUGGUGGCGCCCAUCGACUACGUUGGCUUUGAGCCUGGUGCCACGCAGAUAACAGUGGUGAUGAAGCGUGGGCCGUCAGCCUACCAGUACGACCCGGUUGACCUGUGGUUUUCGUCGCUGUGCGAGCAGGAGCGGCUGGCGGAGACAGGGUAUCUGAGCGACGAGGCCGCGGCGCAGGUGCGCGUGACGCUGGAGGUGGAGUUCCUGCAGCCGUGCUCACCCGUGCAGCUGGUCGGCGAGGUUGGUGAGGAAGGCAUGUUUGUUGUGAACCAGGCCACGGACGAGCAGGAGGAGCGGCCUGGCGAGCUUCGCCUCGUCGCGUUCAACCCAGACUUUGCCAUGCGCAAGUGGACAGAGGACGACAGGCUCACUGGCGUGUACGUUGAGUACAAGCCCGUCACGUCCACGGUGUGGCUGCUGGCGCGCGACAAGGACCAGGAGGCCCUGGACAUUCGCACGCUUGAGAAUGACUACGGCUACGUCACCAUGUGGUGGAGCGUGGAGUCGCUGAGCGAGGGCCAGUACCAAGUUCGCAUCCGCGCGCAGUGCCAGGCAUCCGUCAACGAGGUGCCCGACGGCAUUGACGAGCAAUACUCCAUCACGGCUGUUGGUGUCGUUGACCGCACGUCACCGCAGGUGAUGGGAUUCCCCGAGCCUGCCGACGGCGUGUACGAGCCAGGCGACGACAUUUCGUUUGAGUUUGACGAGCCAGUGCAGUGCUCCAAACCAUUCCAGUUUGGUGCGCGCAUGGAUGUGACGGGGGUGGACCGCGUGUUUGACAACACCAACAUGGUGAUUGUGUGCGAGGGCCGCCGCAUCUCCAUGUCGCUUCGCCGCGGGUUCUCCUGGGACGAGGUAAACGCCCGGUCUGCACGUGUGCUGCUCACAACCGUUGAAGACCCGUAUGGCAACCGCGUGCAGCAGGACCUGACGCACCUGUUCGAGUUUGCGAAUUUGGAGCUGGCCUCUGCCACAACGCAGGUGACGGGCCUGAUGCUUGACCUUCCAUUCGAGCAGGAGUACUACAACACGACAUCUGCUGCCUUUGAGAAUGUGACCAACAUCAUUGAGACGGACAUUGCCGAUGCGCUCGGCAUUAGUAUGGCGCGCGUGCAGGUGAUUGCCAUCUCACCGACGGACCCGCUUGAUUACACCGUUGGCAUCACCAUCGACACAUACAUCUUGCCAACGACGAUUGAGGAGCUGACGCGACGCCGUGGAUCAGGCGACGACAUGACGUCUUCUGCGCUUGCUGACCUGCUCCAAUCCCUCGUUUCGGACAGCAACAGCACCGACAUUGCUGAGGGCAGCAUCCUCAACCACGUGUCACCGCUCUCCAAUGUGGAGGUGACGCUGAUGGCGGCUUCAAGGUCCAGCAACGGCACAGCCACGCCAGAUGUUGUGACGGAUUCCAUGCUCUCCACGGGCAACAGCAGCGGCAGCGGAGACAACGAUAUCCCCAACUAUGCUCUUCUGGUAGUGCUGAUUGUGAUGCUGAUUGUGCAAGUGUACAUGUGCAUUCGCAUGACCAGCAAGCACAGAGCCAAGUACGACAUGGGCGCAAGUCCAGCUGCUAUUGCUCUUUCGGCAAAGGAUGGCGAUCGCCGCAGUUCAUUUGAGGAGAACCCCACCAUGGACUUUACCCACGUGUGACAUCUCACGUGACAUUGUGCAGGUGCAGGCAGUUGGUUUGCACCUGUUGAUCUUUGCUUCUUUGGGCAUUCACCCGCGCUUGUGCCCCGUCGUUCCCCUUGUUCUCCGCGCAAGUGCCAUUGUGUCAGAGCGCACGUGUCCAAAAGUGCAUGUUUCGUCGACGCCAUCCACCCAUUCAUUCAUUCAUUCACUUCAUUGCCCUGCUUCCACCACACGACAAAUAUGCUUGCUGACUUGAUUGCUUGUGUUAGUCCUGGUUGCUUGUGCUCUUGCGUUCAUUCACCACCGGCGUUCCCUGCACACUGUGUGAUGCUUGCACGUUGUGUGCUCACGAGUGUUUGCAUUCUGUCUGUCCGUUUCAUUACGGUUCACCCACGUCGUUUUUUUUCCCACG